AGAUGGCGGCUGACGUGAGAGCAAGACAGGACAAGUACCAAACAAUAGCAUUUACUUUGCCAAUUUCCUGCCAAAUAUGCUUGGGAAAGGUAAAACAACCAGUUUUAUGUCCAAACAAUCAUGUGUUCUGUAGCGGUUGCAUGGAUGUAUGGCUACAGAGGAAUAAACAGUGUCCUGCCUGUAGAACUCCCAUAAAUCCUGCAAAUCCCGUGAAGAAAAUUGCUGGUGGAGUAAGCCAGGGUUCUGAUGAUAAAGAAAAAAUGAGUAACCCGGAGCUCAGGAAAGCAAGAUUUGAUCUUCUCUUCAAAGAGUAUGAGGAGGAGUUUGAAAGACUUACAGAUGAGGUACAGCUCUUACGAACAGAAAAUGAAGUUUUACAGCAACAGGUCCAGAAAAACCUGGGGACAAAACAACUUGGGCCCAAAGAGGAUCCGAGGCAUCCCGACACCAGUGGAGUCCUGGUCCUUAACAAGAAAUUACAGGACGCUCAGAAACUUUACGAUAAAGUCAAGUCUGAACUCAGUCGUGUCAAACAGGAGAACAACUCACUGAAAGACGAAAACAUCAAUCUAAACAGAGAGAAUCAAAAGCUGCGACAAGAAAUAGGAAACAGAUCUCCUCAUAGGUAUGGCAGGUACACAGUAGCAACUCUGGAAGCUAAAAUCCAAACUCACGAGAAAGAGAUCAACCAGCUGAAUAAGGCUCUGGAGAAGAGUGACAAGCUGAUAGAGGAACUGAAUGCCGAGUUAGACAGCUAUAGGGGUAAACCUAAAACUGACCCGUCCUCCAAGCUGUCCUCCAGUAGACACGGCCUCGAGGACCCGACACUGAGGACCAGCUCCUCUCUGUCCAGUAAGCGGGCGAUGGAUGACUCGUUGUCCUCGUCGUACGGUGUGGAGGUGGAUCUUCCAUCCAAGAGACAACUCUUCUCUGAGGAUGGAGAGUAUCAAUCUAGUCACAAAGAUUACGUCAAUGGUGAGUUUUAUACCUCCUCUGAUGUGCAUGAUUAUAAGGCAUAUGACAAAAAUGGUGCUGGAAAAAACACAAAAAGAGUAACUUUUGAUCUGCCAAGAAAUGAAACGGUGUCAUUUGAUUUGGAGAUGCCAAGUCCAUUAAAAGGAAACCGGAACAAUUCAAGUGGAAGGCCAGCUUCUCCGGUGAAGGGUGUGCUGAAGAAUGGAAAGAAAUCGAGUUUGACCAAUGGAGAUGAAAGCUUGAGUCUUUCAAAACCAGAUUCUUUGGACGAUAGCUACCUUGAUAACAGGAGAGGAAAAUCUACAAGACUAGAAGAUGAAGAUGACUUUUACUUAUCAAAGUAUUCACAGAAUUCUAAAAUAACCAAGGAUGACAAUUACAACUACAAGUAUACAUCUGGAAAGUAUGAUGCAGACACCCUUCCAAGGAAUGAAAGUUUUGACUUGGAUUACCCCAUCAAAUCCAAAAAGAGGGACAGUUAUGACCAGGUUCUGGAUGAUACAGAGAUGAUUCAAUCCGAACUGGAUGAUCUGGAUAUAUCUAUUACUCCAGACUUUACAGACUGCAUGAAACUUUUAAACAGAGCAGAAAAGAAAGUCAGCUUAGGAACACAACCAACUACCUACUCUGCUUCCAGAAAUGAUGAGUUUUUGGAUGAUUACCGAGUGAAAGACACAUACAGGUCUGAUCCACUUUUCUCAGACAAAAAAUCCACAGAUCCUGUCAGGUCCCUUCCUGAAAACAAGUACCCAUCAAAGUAUUAUCCAUCUGAUGACUAUGUCCCAAGAAGCAGUAGUUCUCAAUCAGACAUUCCGUCCAGUAGAUAUUCAGGCAGUGCCUCUGGUUACAGUGACAUUCAAAGAAGCAGUGCUUCAGAAACCGACAUUCCGUCCAACAGAUAUUCUGUCAGCUCCACUUAUGGUGAUAUUGCAAGAAGCAGUGCUUCACAAUCAGACAUUCCAUCCAGCAGAUAUUCUGUUAGUUCUUCUGCCUACAACGACAUUCCAACAUCAUCAAGGGAAUCCUCCAGUUUACCCAUCUCUACCAGUGGGUACUCUGCAGUCACAGGGUCCACAAUUUCCACCUACAAACCCAGUGCCAUAGAUACACUGAAGACAUCAGACUGGGACUCCAAGAGUACAGGGUAUCAGUCAUCAGUCAGUGAUAGGUAUACCAUACCUGGGGAGAAGGACAAAUAUGGCAUAGACCAGUAUUCAUCUUCAAAAGGCGGGCUGUCCCAAAAUGAUCAGUUUGGUGUCAGUGGUGACUUGUCAAGCCGCUAUUCCUCUACUUCUUAUCCGUCCUACAAUUCCAUGGCACAGACAUCAAGCAGACUGAAAAGUUCAGACGACAUCUCUACACCAACCAAGUCGACUUCAUUACGUCCCUUGUCACAGAGUGGUUUUAGUCGCAGCCCAUCUGUUGAUAAUCUAUUUAUGUCAUCAAAGUCUUCAACACAGGCUGGUAAAUUUGCCACAACAGAGGAUAUUCCAACAAAUACUUAUAAAUCCAGGCUUUCUUUGCCAGGUUUUUCCUCCAGCAUAGACAGUGUUGGCAAAUACAGAACCUCAGCAGACAGACAAGGUAUGUCCAGUGUGCCUUCAACUGAUGUGGCUGGAUCCAGUCGGUUUUUAGCCUCUUCUUUGCCACCCAAACCAGUAAGAACCAGAUCACAGUCAGACUUGGGAACAUCUGUUACUGCUCUGAAAUCUGCUUCUUACCAGCGGGCCAAGGGUAAUGCACCACCUGCCACUGACACUCUGGAGUCCUUCACGUCUGAUCACACCCUCAUUUCACAGAAGCCACCAUCCUAUCCUCUGUCCUCAUCCUCUUAUCAAGCAGACAUCGGACUAACAUCUUCCACCUCUAACCCUCCACCUUUCUUAGAGAAUAAUAAAUACACUGGCUCACUUGUUCCCAGGCAAGAUGCACUGGAUGCUGUUUCUACUAAUAAAUUUACUAACUCCACAAGUGUUGUUGGUGAACGGGGUCCUGUCAAGGCUAGUUACUCAUACACUGAUUUUGAUAUUGGAGUUAAUCCCAGAAAUAAGUCUAAUAUAACUGAAUUGCCAUUGUCAAACAGACUUCACACCAGGUCAAAUAGUGUAGAUCUACCCCUGAAUAAUAAAGAUUCAGAAACAUAUACCACCAGUCAGAGGUUCUCUUUAGUAGGAGAUCAGUAUUCCUCUGGUAUUUCAUACAAUAUUGAUAACAGACCUAUGCAUGCCUAUGAGAAAGAUAUAGGUCAUUUUGACCCCAUUGCCACCACCAAUUAUGUAUCAUCAAGCUUACCUAAUUCUGUAUCAUUGACAGGUGGUUCGACCUUGGAUGACCCAGGCAAGGGAAGGUACGCUUCCUCUUCAUACUUGACAUCAUCCCAGACAUCUGUCACCUCAAGCAUUACAUUCUCAUCAUCACACUCCUCCAACACAUCAUCAUCCACCUCAAAUCUCCCCCCAGCCUCCUCAUACCCCUCCUAUCAGGUGUCCAAGUCCCUGGAUCCAAUACGAGAGUCCAGUGCCAAAGGCAACAGCUACCUCUCCAACACAUCCACAACAGGGGACAUCUCCCGCUCCGAGUCAUUCCUGCCUGAACCCAAAAAGAGGCUGUUUGAUUCCACGGAUGAGUUGGAUUUGUCACUGAGCCCUAUAAAAACCACAAGAAAAACUGACAGAUACUGAAGUUGGACGGAAUGUGGUCAUAAAAUGCAGUCAUUGUAUGGUGCUUUGUUUGAAAUGUUAGGCUGUCUGGUAGUUAUGAAAGUUUUUUUUAAUUCUUUUAUUUAUUAAUUUUCUUUUUUUUUUUUUACAUUCUUUUAGAAUUGAGUUGUGGUAGCAUUUAAAAUAACUAUUGUAAGAUUGAAGUUAAUUUCUUUGACAUUUUUAUUCCAACUGGGAUGCUCUUUAUUAUUUUAUUUUUUUAAGAGCUAGUACUAUAUGAAGCGCAUUCAAUUUUACAAUGGGUUGAGGAUAAGUUAGUAACAGUCAUUAUUUUUUA